UUUCCUCCACACCUUAAAUUUUCUCUCCAGUAAUCUUAAUUUCUCCUUAAACCCCUAAAUCCAUGAUUAGCCCUAGUUGGUAUUGAAGUGGGUUUUGGCCUGCACGGGUACAGUCUUACAAUAACGGGCCGGCUUGUAAGGGUCCCAAAAUUUAAUUAUCCGGUCAUUCAUAGGACUUCGAUUAUAAAAAAUGGUCAAUGAGUGCGAUGACUGUGAUGAAAAUUUUGAUACUUUGCCACCAUGUGGCAAGAACUUAAAUGAAGUUAUUAAUUGAAAACAAGUUUUAUUCAAACUGAGCACUCAGUGAUCGGCUUAUACUAUUGUGAAAAUAAGUUUUAUUCAAAUCAUUUUGAUGAUUUUUUACUUCAACAUAAACAUAGAAUCUACUAUAUAUUUUAAAGCACAAUCUAUUUUUAAAAUUACAAACAGCCAAUUUGAGAAGUUAGUCAGAUGAAAUUCACACACGUUGUAUUUGAAAUUAUACUCAAAUCUAAAUUAAACUAUCCACCUGUUAAAUGUUUAGAUUUAAAAUUUGAAUAAAUUUUAUCCAUUAUGUUUAUAUAUAAACAUCACAAUUACUUUAUGAUAUAUUUCCUAUGAGCACGUUCUAUAUACUUUUCUUGUUUUGCAUUAGUUAGACGAUUAGCUUGUCUUUAUCCAAGAUCUUUGUAAUGAAUUCCGUUUUGUAAGUGUCGUUGGGCUUAUAUUGAUACAACUUAUCUCUUUUGACCAAAAAAAAACUAAAAUACAAACUUAAUCCUUAUUUACAAAAAUAACUGAGAAAAUUGAAUACAACUACUUCCAGUUAUUUGAAUCUUUACUAAAUUACAUCAUAAUUCCUGAUUAUUAGCUACUAAUAUGCUUAAUACAUAAAUAAGUAUUUAAAACAAUACAUAGGUACAAGUAUACAUUUUGGGUGAUGCCGAAGGCCCGUCGCCCCCUUAUAGUGCCGCCCUUAUUGCACAUUAUUUUAUUAGCACAAUUUGACAACUUCAACUCAAAUAAAAGAAGGAAAAGGUCCCUGUUAUUGGAUGUUUUUUUAAUCUUCAGUUGGGAUGUGCUUCUCUAGUUUGAUGCUUCGUUUGCAUCCCCUCAAUGUACCUGUUAUCGAUUCAAAAUAAAGUUCUUUCGCCGAUCAAAUAAAAAAUUCUAUGUUACUUCUAACCCUUAAUAUGUGUUUCCAUCUAUAAAAAGUGUGUUAAUGCUCCAAGGAAUUUAACCAUCUCUCAUCCUUAAUCUUAGCCAAAACAUGUCUUCUUCAAGACUUCUAUCUGCUCUGUAUCUUCUCUCCCUCUCUCUCCUCCUCCAACUCGCUCUUGGAGCCAACCUCGUCACCUAUACAUGCUAUGGCUCUGGAAAUUUCACUCCAGGUGGCGUUUACAACCAGAACUUGAACAGCCUCUUGAAUAUUCUCAACUCCAAUACCCCGCUGACUGGGUUUGCUUUUAGCUCGCUGGGCCGGAGCCAGAAUAUUCAGUCCUACGGCCUUGCUAUCUGCCGAGGUGACAUCAAUACCACAGCCUGCCAAUCCUGUGUUGACGAGGCAACCACAGAGAUUCAAAACCUUUGCCAAUUCAACAACGAAGCAGCCAUAUGGUAUGAUGUUUGUCAAGUAAAAUACUCCAACGUCGAUUUCUUGGGCGUAGUCAGUACCGGGCAAUGGGAAUUAAUAUGGAAUACUGCUAAUGCGAGAAACCCAGUUUAUUUCAAUAAAAAGGUCAUAGAGUUAUUCAGUCAGUUGAAGGGAGAAGCUAAAGAUAGCCCAAAACUGUAUGCUGCCGGAGCGUUGGAGAUUGGAAACUCGAUGACAAUAUAUGGGUUGGUUCAGUGCACCAGAGAUCUUUCCAGUGAUAAUUGUGCCAAGUGUAUUGAUGUGGCUGUUAAGAUUAUUGUGCAAGAUUCAUAUGCAAAAUUAGGAGCGAAUUUCCUGGGUGAGAGUUGUGAUGUGCAUUAUGAGAUGUACCCAUGGGUCUAAAGAAAAUGUACCAUGAUUGUUAGAUGGCAAUGAUGAAUAAGACCCCGUUCCAGAAA